AUGAGUUCCCAGCAGCAGAAGCAGCUCUACACCCCAACCCUGCAGCCUCAGCAGCAGCAGGUGAAACAGCCCUGCCAGCAUCCACCCCAGGAACCAUAUGCUCCCAAAACCAAGGAGCCCUGUCACUCCAAAGUUCCAGAGCCCUACCACCCCAAGGUUCCUGAGCCCUGCCACCCCAAGUUUCCAGAGCCGUGUCCCACAAUGAUCGUUCCAGCACCAGCUCAUCAGAAGACCAAGCAGAAGUAA